GCGGCGGUAUGCAUGCAUCUGAAUUUGUAUCCUCUUUCUCAUCUGCCUCUCUGCCAUCUCCCCCCGCCGCCAUACCCGCACCACACCCGCUGGACAGCCAAAGCAGACGAUAUCCGCCCCCCGCGCCGCCGCCCGAGCUCGAAAUCGCGUACCCACUCGCUCGGUUUUAAACUCGCUUCGUCCACUUUUCCAUUCCUAUCUUGUUCCUCCAUCUGUAUACAUCGCUCUCCACACUGCAGCCAUCGGCAGUACUGCCCCAGACAGCACUACACCGCCCCGCAAAUCAUCGCCACCUAGUACAGCAUAAUGGGACUCCUUAGUGGCAUGGACUCGCUCUCCAUCCGAGGCGGCUCCAAGGGCUCUCGACGCACCUCCAAUGCCUCCGCUGGAUCCCCAGCGGCCAGGGUCGGAAACGAUAACGAGACCCAGAUCGAUGACGGUGAUCCCAACGACACCAGUACUCUUGACCAAGAAGAAGGGAACAUCCUCAUGUCCCUCAUCUCGCAAUUGCGUCCGGGUAUGGAUCUCACCAAAAUCGCCCUCCCUACCUUUGUCCUCGAGCCCAGAAGUCUGCUGGAGAGGAUCACCGACUUUUUCUCCCACCCCGAGCUCAUCUUCGGUGCUGCCAAUGAACCCGAAGCCAAGGAGAGGUUCUUGCGGGUGAUGACGUUUUACCUGAGUGGAUGGCACAUCAAGCCCAAGGGUGUGAAGAAGCCGUACAAUCCGGUUCUUGGGGAGUUCUUCCGGUGCACGUAUGUGUACCCGGACGGAUCCGAGGGGUUCUACAUUGCUGAGCAAGUGUCCCAUCACCCGCCCGUGUCUGCGUUCUUCUACGUCUCCCCAAAGAACGGCCUUUUGGUGACCGGCGAGCUCAAACCCAAGAGUAAAUUCUUGGGUAACAGCGCGGCGACCAUCAUGGAGGGUGAGGAUCGGAUACGCCUACUGGACCGACCCGAGGACGGCGAGUACGCCAUCAGCAUGCCCAACACCUACGCCCGUGGUAUCCUCUUUGGCAAGAUGCUUCUCGAACUCUGUGACCUCUCUACCAUCGCCAACCCUACCACCGACUUCCACGCCGACGUCGACUUCAAGGCCAAGGGCUGGAUUUCGGGCGGGUACAAUGUCAUCAGCGGAAAGGUCAAUGGGCCUGGGAGGGCGGAUUCAGGUGAAGUGGGAGGACACUGGAGUUCGGCGAUUGAGUAUACGGAUAAGAAGAGUAAGGAGAAGAGGGUGCUGUUUGACCCGGCCAAAUCGAAGACUGCGCCGAAACGCGUUUUGCCAGAGUCGGAACAGGAAGAAUUCGAAUCCAGAAGGUUAUGGAGCAAACUCACGGAUGCCAUCCGCGCAGCCGACAUGUACGCUGCUACAGCCGCCAAGGGCGUUGUGGAAGACCACCAACGAGACCUUGCGCGAAAGCGCGAAGCCGCUGGCGAGCAGGUCGAAUCUAGGUUCUUCAAGCACGUUGCCGGAGACAAGUGGAUGCCCAAGCUGGAUGUUGACAACUUGCCCAAGGACAGGACGGAGAUGGAGAGUACUGUGAGAAAGUGGAUUUUCGGAGACAAGAACCCGCUCGACUUUGCGGAGAAUGGAAGUGCAAAGGCGUCUCCCAAGAAGCAGCCUCUGGAUGUUGCUACUGGAGCUGGUGCUGGCGUGGCUUCGUCCGGCGCGAGCUUUGCGGGCUCUACUUCGAGCACUAUCACUCCUCGUACGUUGAAUGGCCCUAUGGUUUGGCGGAAAACUGACUUUACCCAGCUUCCUCUGCCACCGCCCCCGGCCCUCCCGUCGGUCAGCAGUUUGACCACCCCGUCUCCCCAAAGGUUUAAAAAGGUUGAAACGUUUGCCCGAGGAAAUACCUAUCGUCACAUAAUCAAUCCAACAAAUACCUUUUCCCCUCGAUAAAUACACGUGUAUACCCUCUCCCGCAACGAAUACAAUACCAACGACUUUAGAUGCGACUAUUAUCACAUGGUCCGUCUUGGUUAAAGAAAAGGCAAAGAAGGAAAUCAAGACGGUGCACACAAAUGUAGCUUGGAGAGACCUCCGGAGAAGAGGAAGCAGAUGAAGGAUACAUCACCAUACUGUAUACAAAAGGCUUCUUUAUUUUCGCUUUGUUCCGCUAUAUCUAUCCUUACUUUUACGGUAUCUCUACUUAUCUCUGUCUUUCAUCGAAGCUCCGUCUUGCUCUGCAGGGGUGUUUUGUUUCUUUCGGUAUUUCCGUAUCAUGAAUGCAGCACUAUUGACGUAUCAGAUA